AUGUCGGUUUUAAGUAAAAAUAUUAUAUUAGUGUUUAAUAAAUAUCCUUUGCUUCGAGGAAUGGCAUCUUAUGGUGUCAUUUGGCCAAUUUCUAGUUUCAUCCAACAAACAUUUGAAGGGAAAUCUUUUGAUUCAAAUAAUAAAUAUGACUGGAUGAGGUGUGCUAGAUAUGGUUUAUAUGGCUCAUGUUAUGUGGCUCCUACUAUAUACAGCUGGUUCACUAUAGCUAAUAUAAUGUGGCCAGGGACUGCAUUUAAGAUUGCAAUUAUCAAGACAUUCUUUGAAACAAUCACCUAUACUCCAUUUGCGAUGUGCAGUUUUUAUUUUGGGAUGAGUCUUUUGGAGUCAAAACCUCUCAAUGAAGCUAUUGCAGAAGUACAAAACAAGUUUUGGCCUACCUAUCGGGUUGGAGCAUCUAUAUGGCCAGUUGUAGCUAUGGUAAAUUUUUACCUCAUACCUCCGAAAAACAGGGUACCAUUUAUCAGUGUAUGUAGUCUUUUAUGGACAUGUUUUCUUGCUUAUAUGAAGCACAUGGAAAAGGAAAACUUAAUCCUACAUAUUGAUAAUAGAUCUGUUAAGUUAAUGAAUAUAUGA